CACGAGCAAAGGGGGAGUGUAUGUGUUGGAUCGUGCGUGGGUCGUGUGUGGGUCGUGUGCGUGCGAGAGUAUGGAGUGUGGAGUCCUCUUCGGUUUAGUAGCUCGCCAUGUUUUUUACUGAGUGGGGUGUGUAGAAGAGGCCGGGGUGAAAAAUCAUCUCUCGAGGCAUGCAGUGUCAAAAUGGGAAGGAGACUAAACUUGUUAUCCUUCACUAAGACCUGCCAGCCUCAUUUCAAUGAUAUAUCCACCACCCAAAAACUAAAGAAUUUUUAAACAAGAUUACUGAAACUAUAAGAAACGAUAUUAACAAAUUUCCGGAGGGUUAAGUAACUUAAUGCGAAAAAUUCCAAAUAAGAACUGCAGACAAACCGUUCGAUAAGUCUGUCGAUUAGUCCGAACGACGUAGUGGUGGAUUUCAAUAAAAUUGAAACAUUUAACGACAAUAAUAAGAUACUGUAAUACUGUACUGUACAUAGGAGAGAUGAUUACCCUGGAGAUAGCGAAGUUGGUUAGAGUUCCUGGGUCUAGGAGGAGAUCUAUUAAGAGGGAAUGAGGAAUCCAGCCUUGCAUUUGGUCGGGAUAGCGACGUCCCCUGGAGGAGGUGAGGUCUUCGGCUCGAGGGCCGAGGAGGAGUUGCGCCAGUGGCUCGAGACGCGCCUGGACGCAUUGGGGCUUGACCCAGUUGCGUACUCGCGAUUUGCCCUCAGCCUAUUGCGCCGCCCCGACUCGGCCCUAAGUCCUCCAGAAGAGGAAAUUGACACAGGACGUCGCAUACGUGCCCGAUCUAAAGCAAAGCUGCCAACGCAUGGUGACGGGGAACAACGACAAGCUGUUGUGCAAUGUCUGACAAGUGCUGCUGCCGACAAAUUAGGGGUAGAUGCUCUAGUUGAUGAAUUGUGCGUAAAACUGAAAGAAUUAGAAGGAGGGAGCUCGUAUGAUGAACAAGAAGAAUCCAUGAAAACUUGCGAUGAGCCCGAAACAAAUUUAGAAGCGCUCACACCUCGUGACAGGGCUCUUAGAUAUUACGCAGCAUUUCCCGCCUUGCAAUCCAUUAAGAAGUCUACUGCACAGAAAGAUAGAAAUUUGGCCAACAGCAACAACAAAAACUACGGAAUUAAUUUGCACAAUAAAAAUAAUAGCGUUCGCAAUAAAAAGACUAAAAUGUCUGUCAACAUCGAAUCACAAGGAUCAGAAGAUAAGGAAAGCUUUGGAUUUGCUAAGCUAAUGGAGCGGGAAAGGGAAAAGGAACUCGAUCAGUUAAGAUUAGCGCAAUUAAAGGCAAAGUUUGAGAGUUUAGAGGCACUUUGGAACACAGUACCGGGCAAUACACGUGACACAGCUUCGAUAUGGGCAGCUCCGUCACUUUCCAUUCCUUCUGAACCUCUUUGGCCCACGUACACUACCAGGACAAUCUUCUUACCCACUUCAGAUAAUGGCUACGCUACUGACACAUCAAACCAAGAAUCAAUUGUUGACGAAUCACCGCUUAUUCCAUGGGAUAUUGAUCUUAUCAGCAUUGAAGAUAAUGCGGAUGAAUGUAGCAAUAAAAAUAAAACAGAAUAUAAUGUGAAUUGGUUGGAUUCGUUUAUGGAUGAACCCUGGAACUGGAGCGGAAUUGACAGUAACUCUACAAGCAUGUAUAGUCACAAUCCUCAAACAGAUGACUGCUUCUUUUCGGUAGCAUCCAACACUCCGCAUGGAGUUCGUAAGGAAUCUCGUUCGAGUCUGAAGGUAAACAGCCUUCCAGAACCAGACGAGGAUCUAUUGACUUCCGCACGUACUCACUUUCGUCCGAUAAAGGACGAUGGUCACUGGGCAGAUGGAACGACGUUUCAUGUGAACAAUACGGUAGAACGCGUUGCUUAUCGUAGAUCUGAGUCAGGAAACUUGCUGUACCUUCCUGGCGGAGAAAGCCCUUAUAUGGAGUACCGGGAGAAUGACGCCAAGGCAUUGUCCACGUCAACGAAUUUAACGCUGAAGUUUCGGGUACGUCAGUGCGACAAGAGUGUCCAAACUGAGCCCGUACGAUCUCCGGUCAAACGCCGCAUUCUUUCCGAACAAGAUCAUUUUCGCUAUUCUCAUGUCGGAGCUGAAGAUGCCGCUUUACAAGAGCAAGAAAAUAUCGAAAAAGAUUCUUUUGCUUUGGAACAACAACUUGGCUGGGUACAAUCGAGCGUACCUCUGCACAAUGAUAGAAAAAGAAGGCACAGUAGCAGCUUCGGAUGCCAGCCACUGACGACUUUACGUCCGUUGACCUUGUGAACCGGAUAAUGUAAGCUGCUUUAAGUAAUACUAUAUGACUGGAGAUUUGAGGUUUAGCUAUACUUUUUUUUCGCAAGAUAAAAAAGCGAUUGAUAGGAUUGUGAAUGGGGGUCCUCUUGGCAUGUGGAAUUUGUUAUGCAUGUAUCCAAGAAGGCACGAGUAAACCCCAUCGUCACUCGUAAUAAGCAACAUGCAAUCGAAACAAAGCGAGAGAGUAUUAACUAUUCAUUUAGAUAAUUAAUAUUAACCUUUUGAUGAGAGAGAGAAAAAGAGAGAACAAAUAAAAUAAGAAAAAAAAGGAGCGUAUAUGUUACACACAGCGUUUCACAUUGCGAGACCGUUGAAGAUGUAGCCCGCGCAUUUUCAGUUGUAGGUUGUUGAUUACUUUGUGAUUUUUUUUUGGAGGAGAGCGCUUAGUACGCUGAUUUUUGUAGAAAAUUGUAACAAGCAAUUUUGUUUCUCACCCGACGUGCAGGCUGAAAGUACAGAUAGGUAGACUUAUCUGAUAUUGAUAAUUGAAAAGAAAAAGGACGAAAGUUAUUAAUUAGAAAAAAAUUUGAAAGGACCAGUUGAGUACUUACGUUGAACGCCGCACGAUUGCAAAUCGGGUAUUUAAUUAAAGAGCUGUUCUAUUUUCUUGUUGUUUUCGUAAUUAUUAAUGGAUUAUCGUAAUCGUAUUCCCCUAUAAUUAUGAUUUAACUCCCUAGAAGAUUAAUCCCCUCUCCAAUCCUGUCCUUCUCCCACCUUCCAAAUUUCCUUGUAUCCAUUGCUUUCCCUGUGCUCACCCUAAGGAAAUCGAAUAACUGAGAACAUACGUGUAAAAGAACGCGUGUCAUUUGAAAACACGUGCUUACCUGCGAUAGGUAUGCGAAAAAAAAUACAAAAAAUGUUACUCUAGCAUGCAGAUGCCUUUGAAACGGAUGUUGAGUGAUGUUAAUGCGUCGAAGGAAUGUGUCACUUAUAAACCACUCUGUCUUUAGGAAAUAAUGUGAAAGGAAACAUAUGCAUUGUAAAAAGAAAAAAAGGCGCUCUUUGUCUUUCCGCGAAAUAAUGUACGGAAAGGGUAAAUAAAGGCAUUGCAAAGAAAAAGAA